AUGGCUAAUCACCUCUGUCGGCCGUGCCAAAAGCUCAGUUUCGACAAAUUGCAGAGUACCCAGCCCGAAGACCUCUCCGACGAAGAUGGGCGACUGAUCAAGCGGACUUUGUCCCCGGACUUGAUCGAGAGCUGCGAUUUAUGCAACUUCUUUGCUCGGACAGCUCGGUAUUAUACCGGUGACUGCAAGGAAUACCUCAAUGCGGACGGGGUGCCUGAGAUAUCUCUUCGCCUGGGCAGGUGGGGUCGGAGAACGCCGUGUCUUCGCGACGACCACGACCUGGUGAUCCUCAUUGAGAAACAAGAUGCCGAGAAAGAAAAAGCAGGGAGCCGCUUGAUAGAACCGGACCGGAUUGACUACUCGUUAUUGCGCGGUUGGUUUUCCAAAUGUGAAGAUGGCUACAUGCGGGAUUAUUUCAAGUACGAUAUCGACAGCCUCCGCGUCAUCGACUGCGGGGAUGUUGGGGACGGAGAGCAAGAGCCAAGGUUGGUCUCAUGGGCUUCAGUUGGCAAGCAGUUGGACGGUGAUCCCCCAGAAUAUGUCGCCUUGAGCUACGUGUGGGGAGCAGCGCCAGGCAGGCUGCCUACUUUGACGGUAAACUCGACCCUCCCUGGGCCCCUCCCAAAGGUCAUCUCGGAUGCCAUUGUGGUGGUGAGGAAUCUGGGGGGUCGUUACCUGUGGGUGGACCGGUACUGCAUCCCACAGGGCGACAACGACGAGAGGGAAAGGCAGAUUCAUGCGAUGGGACAGAUUUACCAGUCGGCAAAGUUCACCAUUAUCGCCGCGGCUGGAGACGGGCCGGACCAUGGACUGCCAGGCGUUACCACUACAAGACGUCUACCUCACCCCUUCAUAAACAUCCAAAAUUACACUCUUACUCUCAUUCCCCAGCCAGACGGAUACAUUCACCAUACCAAAUGGGCUACCCGCGGUUGGACCUUACAGGAGGGCUUUCUCUCCAGCCGGCGUCUGGUGUUUACCGAUCACCAAGUCUUCUACGAGUGCCAGUGUAUACAAGCUGUCGAGGCGCUUGUAGGUACAUACUGGCACCCAUACUCGUACUCAUCAAGAGAGCUGUGGUUCCACGUGUUCGCAGGCGAUACGAGCAAAAGAAAAGGGAGGGGCCGGCCGGGCUUCCAUUACGUCGAGCAGCUGCACGGCUUUAUUGAGAAUUACAUGACGCGAGAUCUGACAGACGCCAACGACGGUCUUAAUGCUUUCCGGGGUAUUCUGCAGCACGCUGAACAAAACUGGCGAACACCGAUCCAUGAGGUUUGCGGACUGCCAAUCUAUGUCCCGGAAUAUCUGGGUACGCCAAACAACAAUUCGGCCAUUGCCGUCAGUCUCUCGUGGAAGAUGAGUGAUCUGAGGCGGCGACCCGAGUUUCCCAGCUGGACGUGGAUCGGGUGGAGGUCGGUCAAGAGGACUGGAGGGGGGUCGUUUUAUCUUGCUACGGAUGAACGGUGGUAUUCAUCGGCGGAUUCGAAACAUUACAUCACAUCGGUGGAUGUCGCUUUCCGCGAUGGCCAGGUCAUCCAGUGGUCCGACUUUGAUGGCAGGGGAGACAGAGGGAAGGUCUUUGAGAAGUCGUCCAUGCCGGGAAUGUCUGAGCUACCACAGAGUUUGUUGGUGACAGGCUGGCUGUUCGAUCUGACUGUUGUUGCGGUGGGUGAUCCAGGGGACGGACUCGCCACGACUGAGUUCCACACUGUCGAGAUCAGGGAGCAAUAUCGGCGGCCCAUGUCUUUUGGAGUUGAGCGGGAGCACCUGAUGUCGUUCUUUCCUGCCAACAGCGAUGGCAACAGAAAAUAUACAUUCACCUGUUUGCUAUUAGCUGAAGUCGACAAGUCCAACGACCGAAGCACGCUUGUGUUCCUGGUCCUUCGCCCCGUUCUUCAGGCCGAAGCUUUAGUGCAGACGUUUGAGCGCCUGGACUGCUGGACUCUGACAUCAAGCACGCCCAUCGUACAGGUUGACGGUACGAUCAUGAAGGCUGGGGAUUGUGUAUUCAAGAAUGAUGCUCUGGUUCUGCAAUAG